AUGUAUGCUCGCAAAUCGUCCAAAGCAGUAAGCAGGCAUUUCCUGGCUGAUGCUCCAAUUCUGCCAUUCCUCUAUGCCACCAGCACUGUACGCAGAGGCUAUGCAACCGAUGGACCAGCAUAUCAUAUCACAUCCCAAGAAGAGGUCGAAGCAGAACCGCAGAUUAUUAGAAAGCACCUGGCGAAUCCACGAAGGGAUCCAGUCGUGAUUCGACGACCACGAAAGGAUCCAACCCUGAGUGAACGACGAUCGCUAGCAAGCUCACGUCCAAAAGGAAAGAAAAUGGAACGAAUACCUUUCGAAGGCAGCACAGGUUCUGCUAAUCCCGACGAGCGAUUCGAGAACACGACCAUGACGCCGCGAGAGCUGCGAAUAUUUGAAGAGCUAUUUAGACAAGGCGUAAAGACCAAGCCCGAUGAGAGCAAGAAGCAGUUCAUCAGUCGGACACAGCAUGAAUUUCCCGAUCUUCUACAGCCCUUGGCAGAAGAGGCGGAACACAUGCGACAGCAAGCUGCUCUGGAAGCAAGAGCGGAAGACCCUAAAAAGUUAUCUAAGCGCGAAGACUUCGAGAUCAAGGACAAGCAAUCUAGGCAGAUCAAGAAACGAAUGGACGAAGCGCAAACGGAUGUUGAGCUCUUCCAAGUGCUCGAAUCGGAAGUCUUCUCACGAGUUCGAGGCCUAGGGGAGGACGGACCUAUAGACUCAGCCAAAUACGCUGCUCUUCCUGCUCUUCUACAGCAUUACAUCUCGCUCAUCGAGAAGCACUAUCCAGGCUCGCCUUUAGGUAUGGUUCUGCUUCCAGAAUUGAGAAAACUGGGUCCUUCUGCCUUCGCUCUCGGCGCAUCAACAGGGCUCUACAACCAACACAUGCGGAUGCUGUGGGAGAAGUAUACGGAUGUGGACGGCAUUGUCGAUAUCCUGACAGAAAUGGACAAGGAAGUAUUCUCCUUUAACGAUGAUACCCUGGAGCUACUAGACCAGAUGUUUGAGCAUGCUGCAUCAGCUAGACGAGGUUAUCUAGGGCCUGGAAGACGAGCGCUUUGGUCGACAGAUCGCAAAGAGCGAGCACUCGAGAAGCUGAGGAAGUGGAGGGCUAUCGCAGGUGAACGCUCAGAAACCGCAGCCUUGAGAGAGGCCCGAAAACAACAGGAAAUUUUGGAGCAUGACGAGAUUGAGCAGGAUGCAACGCAAAGACAUGCUGUUGCUGCCUAA